AUGGGGAAAAGGCGAGCGAAGCGGUUGUUGGAGUCGUACGAGGUGAACGGCAAGCGACUCGAACCUGGAGUUUGCGUCAUGCUGCGGCCACCCAGCCCCAAGACCCCCUCAUACAUUGCGCGAAUUGAGAAAAUCGAAUCUGAUGCUGCGGGUCGAGUCAAGAUGUGGUGCCGCUGGUACUACCGGCCAGAGGAGUCUAUAGGGGGGCGUCGGUGCUUCCAUGGAGUGAAGGAGCUAUUUCUGUCCGAUCACUAUGACGGUUGCUAUCCAGAGGCGGUGGAGGGCGUGUGUUCUGUGCACAACCUGAAGGAUUACGCUUACUUGGACGUGGUUGAGGAGGAGGACUUCUUCUGCCGGUUCGAGUACAACGCGUCAACAGGAAUGUUCGCGCCAGAGAGUGUUGCAGUGUACUGCAAGUGCGAGAUGCCAUACAACCCCGACAAUCUCAUGGUUCAGUGUGAAGACUGCAAAGACUGGUUCCAUCCAGAAUGUGUCAACUUGCCCAACCCUAAGGCUGAGGGUGUGGCUUUCCUGGACUGCUCUUCCCAGCCAAUUGCUGGUCUCAGUUUAUCCCUUGCUCUCCCAUUCUCUCUUGCCCCGCCCAUUCUCUCGCGCCCCUUCCAUUCUCCCUUACCCUUCCCAUUCUGUCGUGCUCCUCCUUUUCUAUCUUACCCCUCCCAUUCUCUCUUACCCCUCCGAUCCCCUCUUGCCCUUCACAUAUUCUCUUGCACCUCCCAUUCUCUCUUGCCCCUGGUCCCCCCGGGCCAUCAAGACGUUCGCAUGGCGGAGCUGGAGGCUCGGAGGCUCGGGUUUCUCCGAGUGGACUCAACAUCACUGGUCCGCGCGGGCCAUCAAGACGUUCGCAUGACGGGGCUGGAGACUCGAAAGCUUGCAAGCUCAAGUACAUUGGAGUGUCCUGAACGUUGGUCCCUCCCACCUGAUAGCCACAUUGUGUUCCCCGCCCCAACCUCACUCUCCCUCCCCGCCAGCUGGUCCGCCCGGGCCAUCAAGACGUUCGGCAUGGCGGAGCUGGAGGCUCGGAAGCUCAAGUACCCCACCACUGGCACGGAGGCGCUGCUGAUGGGCAUGCUCACAGAAGGCACCAACUACGGCGCGCGGUUCAUGCGCGCAAACGGCAUCAAGCUGAUGGACCUGCGGGUGAGGACGGUGGAGCUGCUGGGCAAGGCGGACAUGUACUACUUCAGUGCCGAGCACCCGCCGCUCACUGAGCCCGCCCUGGCCGCGCUGCAGUGGGCCAUCGCCAAGCACAAGGAGCUCGGGCAGACGGGGGAGAUCUCAACGGCGCUCAUCCUGCUGGGCAUCUGGGAGCAGCGCGAGUGUGCCGGCCACAAGCUGCUCGCCCAGCUCGGCUUCCACGACGCCCUCGCCUCGCAACUCACUGCUGAUCUUUCAGCGGUCGCUGCCUAG